CUUUCUCCCCCCCAACUUCGCGUCACCCUUUGCUUUUCGGUUUUUUGGUCUUUCGUUAUUACAAUUAUUUACAUUGCAUUCAUCUCUAUUGCUUAUUACCCGCGAGGCUACACGAUAUACUACUAAAUUAGGGCUGCGUGGCUGGGAUACCUUUUCUGACUCAGCCCGACAGCCUUGUUAAAUUAUGCGCUAGAAAGCCACCGAGCAAACAUUCCCACGGCUGAGGGACCAUCUUCGCUAGUGAAUUCUCCCGGUAAAAUUUGAGGAUACUAUAUGAAUACCAGUAUAUCUCUUGACAUCCGCGAUGCAAAUUUCACCUGGCUGAUAAGGAUCUAGAAAGCUUGGGAGCUGGGAUCGACCGUCUAGACAUUGCAUACGGUGGGGCUGGAUCGUAAAGGAUUGCAGGACAGACUGUAGCUGUACUGACUAGUAUAAGCCUUCGAACGGUCUUCGAUCCCUACAACCGGUAUCUGCGAGCCAGAUCCUUCCGAUCACUGAUCACCCAAAUUUCAGUCCUCACUUAACCCUCUACAGCGUAAGCGCUGGUAAUUCCGACGGUACUCAUGCAGGAACACAUCGGCGAGGUUUUCCCGCCUGGAUGUAGCUGUUCUUGCCACUGUGAAGGAGUUUGCUUUCGUAGACAUCCGAACUGAGACUCGGACCAGGAGAGCUGCCUAUUACCCCGGUCGCAAGGGACUCAUAAUUGCGUCGGGAUAAGUGAACUUCGGUCGUCGGGCCAGGGGAAAAGUGUUGGGGACACAGUCCGAGCUCAGAUGGCAAGAGCUUUUCGAGGAGAGCCGGUGUUCAUAGGCUGUUGAUUUCCCAUGCCAACAGGAGCUUACCAAUGGCGGUGGAAGGGCGCCCAUCCCACUUCUACUAACAGUCAUCAGGUCCUGAUUGAACGUGCUUCUCUAGGGCGACUUGAAUGAGAUACCAGGACAGCACAAAAAGACCUUUGAGGGGGCUCAUUCGAGGGUCACCCUUCAGUGAUGUACGGCGAGAAAGCUCCCAUCCCAAUACUCCCCGAUGGACAACAGUUCUUCUAGCGUAUAUUGAUUGUGGAACCAUUGUAAAUGGUCUGAUAGGCGCGGUCAACGCGCCAUCUCGGCCAACUCCAGCCUAUCACACUAUCUAUUCGAUCUUCACAGAAGGGGAGUCGUGUCACUGUGACGCAAAUAUGGGGGGGGCUUUUGGUUUUGGUUUUGGAGAACGACAAAGGCUGUGGAAUCAAUUCCGAAUCCUCAAGGGCUUCACAAGCGUUAUGUUUAUGACAGUCCUAGUAAUUUUUUACCUUGACCCAAGCCCGGUUUUCUGUGCCUUCAAGAGGGUCAUGGCAAUUAAUGUUGCGACUCGCAUGUACAUUACAUGCGAGUCGCAACGGCAUUCUCGGUUUGGUGCAAACAGAUGAACUGAUUUAUGGGUCCUAAUAGAGUGUUGAUAGUCUUGCCUAACCCUAUCAAAUAAUUGCUGAUCCAGUAGAGAACGAGGAUGCCACGUUGGGUGAUGUACCUGGACAUUCCCGACAUUCCACCAUUGUUUUGUAAGACAUGAUCCAAGGAAUUAGCAUCCGCAUGGUAUGACGAGAUAUUCGGUGCAUUCCAAUAAAUUUACUGCUUAACUGUACCAUCGCAGCUUUCUUCAGUGACAGUGCUUUAAUACCUGGUGUUAAC